UUGAUAUAUCCUAACAGCUUUAGGAACGGCAGUUCUUAACACUACCAGUCCCCAAACAUGCAAGCCGUGUCUCUGUUUUGGAUAUUAAUUGUACCGACAACAGCUUUUAGAGUGAAGGUGAGCCCACAAAAAGCGGUGAGACAUGUUGGAGACGCGUUGAAGUUGACAUGCACGCAGACGGUCUGCCCAGAUGAUCAGUUAACCUGGGGAACUGCAACCGACAUUCCGCUCUUCGGCAACCUGAAGGACAAGGAAUAUGUGAUCAACAACCUGACCUUAGGCCAUAAUAUCCGAAUAUACUGCAAGGCCUUCUGCCAGAACGAAAAAGGGCAAGGGAGCGCAGAGAUAAAAGUGUAUCCAUUUCCUGAGGGUCCUGAGAUAUCGGGCACCGAAGGUUUGCGUGUGGGUGAGGAGAAAAGCAUCAACUGUUCUCUCCGGGCUGUUGCUCGUGACUACAAAGUUGAUAUCGAAUGGCUUCUUGGAAAUAAAGUUCUUCAUAGAUAUACAGAUCUAAAUAAAAGUGACAGUGAGGACACUCGGAACGUAUACUCCGUCUACAAACUGAACACUUCGGUUCAAGACAAUGGGGAAACACUGACAUGCCGGGCAAACCUCAGCCUUGAGUCUAAUAACCGACUUGUCGGAGAAUCUAGUCGUCGUUUGACUGUUUCCUGUAUGUUGACUGUUUAUAUUUCUCAGCUGAUUAACUACUGA